GAGAAAGACCCUCACCGGAGGUUGGUAUUUUUCCGCGCCAUCUAGAAGGGGAAAUUAAAAUCGUACUGGCGGGAGUUGAUGUCAACUUUCGGUUGCUGAGACCAAGUUACUAUUAAAGACAUGGACGGAAAGAAACGAAACGCAGGGCCGCUGGCGGGCGGUGUGUCGCAGGCCAAGCGUGGCAAGCCAGGCAGCGAGUGGGAGGACAGCCCGUCCGGGUUUGAGGAAGAGCUUUCAGCCAUGAUGGACGAAGCCGAGAUGGACGGGGAAGAGCGGGAGGGACAGGCGGGCCACGGUGUCAUACCUGUCGGCGAGCUGUUCUCAGCAGACAUCAACCCUAAGUGGCGGAGACCCCCGGCCCCGCCACUAGACGCCAGCUCAGACACGCUGGUCUUCCAACAGAUCGACCUCGACUACUACUUAGGAGGCGCGGUGGCGGGAAUGCCCGGCCAAUCAAACAGCACCGUGCCCAUCAUCCGCAUGUUUGGUGUGACCGACAGCGGGAACAGCGUGUGCUGCCAUGUGCACGGCUUCGCUCCCUACUUCUACACGCCUGCGCCCAAUGGAUUCACGUCUGCCCACUUGGGAGAUUUCAAGAGAGAGUUGAACUCUGCUGUGCUGAAGGAUUUGCGCUCGAAUAAGGACAACAUCUCUGUGACUGUUCUUGCUGUAGACAUCACACGCAAAGAGAGCAUGUACGGUUACCAUGGGAGGCACAUCCAGGAUUUCCUCCGGAUCACCAUGGCGAUGCCACGCCUCAUAGCGCCAGCCAAGAGGCUCCUGGAGCAGGGCAUCAAGUUUGGACCUUUCGGCCAGCAGAACUAUCAAUCCUACGAGGCUAACAUUGACUUUGAAAUCAGGUUCAUGGUGGACUGCGAUGUCGUGGGCUGCUGCUGGAUCGAGCUCCCCAAGGGCAAAUACCGAGUCCGUCAGGCCAAGGCCCCCGGGGACAUGACCUCAGGGAACCCCAGCAUGGUGUCCUUGUGUCAGUACGAGGUGGACGUGGGCUGGACCGACCUGGUCAGCCACCCCGCUGAAGGGGAGUGGCAGCGCAUCGUGCCCCUCAGGGUCCUCAGCUUCGACAUAGAGUGUGCAGGAAGGAAGGGGAUCUUCCCGGAGGCGGACAAGGACCCGGUCAUCCAGAUCGCCUCCAUGGUGCAGCGGCAGGGCGAGAAGGAGCCCUUCAUCCGCACCGUCUUCACCCUGCAGUCCUGCGCCAGCAUCGUGGGCUCCCAGAUCCUGUGCUUCACACAGGAGAAACAGCUGCUGCAGAGCUGGGCGGAGUUUGUAAGGACCACCGACCCUGACAUCGUCACCGGCUACAACAUCCAGAACUUUGACUUCCCCUACCUGCUCAACAGGGCAGCGAACCUGAAGGUAAACCUGUUCCCCUACCUGGGCAGGAUACAAGGCAUCAAGUCGGUCCUGAGAGACUCUAACUUCCAGAGCAAGCAGAUGGGCCGGCGGGAGAACAAGAUCAUGAACAUGGAGGGCCGGGUUCAGUUCGACCUGCUGCAGGUGCUCCUCAGGGACUACAAGUUGCGCUCGUACACGCUCAACGCCGUCAGCUACCACUUCCUGCAGGAGCAGAAGGAGGACGUGCAGCACUCCAUCAUAACUGAUCUGCAGAACGGUAACGAGCAGACCCGGCGGCGUCUGGCUGUCUACUGUCUGAAGGACGCCUACCUGCCACUGCGGCUGCUGCAGAAGCUCAUGUGCGUCAUCAACUACAUGGAGAUGGCCAGGGUGACGGGCGUCCCCCUCACCUACCUGCUCUCCAGGGGCCAGCAGAUCAAGGUGGUCUCCCAGCUGCUGCGACAGGCCAUGAAGCAGGACUUGGUGAUGCCUGUCGUGAAAUCACAAGGUGGAGAAGACUACACUGGAGCAACUGUAAUUGAGCCAGAAAAAGGGUACUACAGUGUUCCCAUCGCCACCCUGGAUUUCUCCUCUCUGUAUCCGUCCAUCAUGAUGGCUCACAACCUCUGCUACACCACGCUGCUCCAGAGGGGCAGUGCAGAGAAGCUAGGCCUGUCUCCGGAGGACUUCAUCAAGACUCCAACAGGGGACCAGUUUGUGAAGAGCUCUGUGAGGAAAGGACUGCUGCCAGAGAUCCUAGAGAACCUGCUGUCUGCCAGGAAGAAGGCGAAGACGGAGCUGAAGAAUGAAACGGACCCCUUCAAGAAGCAGGUGCUGGAUGGCCGCCAGCUGGCACUGAAGAUCAGCGCUAACUCUGUGUACGGAUUCACAGGCGCGCAGGUCGGCAAACUGCCCUGUCUCGAGAUAUCCCAGAGCGUCACCGGCUUCGGAAGACAGAUGAUUGAAAAGACCAAGCAGCUGGUGGAGUCCAAGUACACGGUAGCCAACGGCUACACAGCAGAUGCUAAGGUGAUUUAUGGGGACACAGACUCGGUGAUGGUGAAGCUGGGCGUAGAGCGGGUGGACCAGGCCAUGGAGUUGGGCAGGGAAGCAGCAGAGUGGGUGUCCUCACACUUCACCCCCCCCAUCCGGCUGGAGUUUGAGAAGGUGUACUAUCCAUACCUGCUGAUCAACAAGAAGCGCUAUGCCGGCCUCUACUUUUCGUCCAGUGCUCACACGCACGAGAAGAUGGACUGCAAGGGCAUUGAGACCGUCAGAAGAGACAACUGCCCCCUGGUGGCCAACCUAAUAAACACAUGCCUGCAGAACAUCCUCAUUGAACGUGACCCCCAGGGGGCGGUAGCGCAUGCCAAGGAGGUGAUCUCGGACCUGCUGUGUAACCGCAUCGACAUCAGCCAGCUGGUCAUCACCAAGGAGCUGACCCGCACUGCCCAGGAGUACGCCGGCAAGCAGGCUCACGUGGAGCUGGCAGAAAGGAUGAGGAAGAGAGACGCAGGAAGUGCACCAAACCUGGGAGACCGAGUUCCUUAUGUCAUCAUUAAAGCGGCGAAGGGUGUAGCGGCAUACAUGAAGUCAGAGGACCCCAUCUUCGUGCUGGAGAACAACAUUCCCAUCGACACCCAGUAUUACCUGGAGCAGCAGCUGUCCAAGCCUCUGCUCAGGAUAUUUGAGCCCAUUCUGGGAGAGAGCAAGGCAGAGAGCAUCCUGCUCAAGGGGGACCACACACGCUGUAAGACUGUGCUGACCUCCAGGGUGGGUGGUCUGAUGGCGUUCGCCCAGAAGAGAAGCACCUGUAUCGGCUGCAAGGCUGUUCUCAAGACGGACGCUGCGGUGUGUGAUUACUGCAAGCAGAAAGAGUCAGAACUUUACCAAAAGGAGAUCUUCCACAUGAGGACGUUGGAGGAGCGUUUCUCUCGUCUCUGGACUCAGUGUCAGCGUUGCCAGGGUUCUCUCCACGAGGACGUUCUUUGUACCAGCCGAGACUGUCCCAUCUUUUACAUGAGGAAGAAGGUGCAGAAGGAUCUGGACGACCAGGGCAACCUGGUGGAUCGUUUCGGCUGGUGAAUGCACACCCGUUGCUUUGUUUGUAUAAAAUGCACUGUAUUUUACUUUAAUAAUGGUUUUGUAUUGGGAAGUGAAUAAUAAAUAUUUCAGGUAAAAUUGUGUUGCUUUUUUUUUUAUUGUGGUUCAUGUGCUAGCUUUUGAUAAGGGGGUCCUUAAUCCCCUGGGGCAUUGUUAUUAAUUAAUAGGUCUUAAGUUAACUCUUCUGGGAUUCUUUCAGAGAUAGAAUCUGAGUCAAUCUAAAUUUGAGCUGGUCAAGCUGAUACCAUAUAGGGUUUUCGAGCAGUAACUUCACAAAUUAGACAAGCUCAAGAGGAAUGGGGUGUUUCACUCUCAAAUGGCUGAAGGUGGGGUUCUGUAGUGUAAUUGUCAAAUAAGAUCCAAGCACCAAUUAACAGACCGGCUUCAACAUCCUAUUUUAAGGCAAUCCCAAAUGGUUGCCAUGUUUGAAGAAUCAAAAAAGGUGUUAGCGAACAAACUUUAUUAAAGAAUAUCAAUGUACAUUUGUUUACAAACUGUCCUUCAGCAUUGUCAUGUAUUUAGAACUAUAUAGAUGAGCCCUGGCGGUGAUCAUAAUGACAGUGAGAACUGACUGACCACCUUCAAACAAAUUAAUUCCCCCAAAAUGAACUUGUCAGAUAAAGACACACUGAACAGCUUAUGUUCAUUUUUAACUGGGCAAAUGGGAACUGUUACAUUUGUUAUUUUUUUUAAUGUCUACAAUUUUGGCCCUAUUACGUAGUAAAAUAACUGAGGUAGUCAAAUCACCAAUCAAUUCUAAAAACGAAACCCCUAUAAAUCUUAGAAAAUAUAAUUAAAGGCCUAAUUUGUUAUACCGUAUCCCUAUUGAGUACAUUUUUAACCUGCCCUGUUCAUUGUUACGUCUCCUUCAUAGACGCUAAUGAGCAUUUUGAAAGAAACUACUGGCCGUUAUCCUAAAAAAACUCGAAGCAUAAAAGGGGAAGUCCAGCCAAAACAAAUUGGCUGGCAAACAAAUUACUGAGCCAGCUGGAAAAUAUGUGAACACCACAGAUUUGUCUUAUCUUACAAAUGGUUCACCAGAUAUUGGCGUCACUUCCCUGAAUUUACACUUCAGCAUGAUCUACGGAAGGUUUCUCGUUAAAAAGACAGCACAUCUUCCCAAUACAAGAAAAAAAUAAAAAGCGGUUUAGAUUGUAAGUGUGUCAAUAAUGUAAUUUGGUCAUGUGGACAGGUGACAGGAAUUGUUGGGUAUACAGGAAGUUGUGUAUUUCUGUAGGAGUCUGAAUCACCAUACAGAAGUAUGAUGAACAGAAUAAUGACUCACUGUAUAAAACGGCAAGCUGUUCUUCAGUGGGA